AUGUGGUCGAAAAUUCUGAACGAAAACAAGAUCGACAGGCUGUCGACCUCCUCGAUCUUAUCAAAUGCAAAAAUGUCUGAGUCUGGGAAAUUGCGAGAUUUGUCAUGCAGAUUUUCCAUGAUCCAUGCCGUCUGAUAUGCAGGACCUUGCAUGACAGAUUCUGUGAGACCCCUAUCAUGCCUAUCCUGCAUGAGAAGCCUCCUCCCAACUUGGCGAAGGUGGCCAGGCUAUCAGCGUUUAUUGAGGGCAGUCGAAAGCUGGCGCGGCGACUGUUGAAAUUGCAGAAAAGACACGCAGGCGCCAGCGCGUCGCUUGACCCAGAGCGCGUAGCGACAAACGAGGGCGUCGACGCGGCCACCGACUUGGUCAGAACGGUCGAGAGCUCCCUGGACCCUCGACAGCCGGAUUGCGCCGCGUCCCUAACGCGAGGGGAUGUGGAUGAGAAGUGGUCGCUUUCGAUCUCCAGCAUUGAAUCGCGAAAGACGCAGCUAGAAGCCACUGCAAAGCCAUCGGAGAGCGCGUCUUCAGAUGUGCUCACUGCUCCGGAACCGCAGCCCGACUUCGCGCGGCGGCGAUUGCUGCCCGUUGAUCCUUCCGCGCCGCCGGCGAAGGUAGGCGGGAAAGCAUCCAAGCCCCCGAAAGUAGGCGACGACGUCGCGCGCGUCGUGACGAACCUCCGCAACCCCCUGGGCAUUUGUCGGCUUCUCGGGACCCAAGGCAUCCGCACCCGGAUGCAGCAAGGGCGCGAAGGUUUUGCCGAAACGCUGCUGGAUGUGCAGGAAAACAUCGCGGCCCCGUGGGGUUAUCUCGACUCCGGGCGGGCAGCUGCUAAGGCGCCCGACGGUUUCACAGCCGUGAACGAGGACGGGUGGCGGCUGCUUCGUGGGCCACUGACUGAGCUGCUGCCUGCAGCGCUCUACACAGUUGGGCCGAGACCUGUGCGGCGCAGGCGGUGGCGAUCCAGCCGGCGGCGCUGGUGACUCCACACAGAAGAGCGAGCCACUCGAGCUAAGCGCGGCCAUCUUCUGCGGCCCCACCUGCUGCCUGAUUUUGGACCGGCGCGCGGGCGAACUUCGCCCGACUCUGAGAGUGUUCCCCCUGGAGUUCGAUGUGGCGGCCUUUCUCGGGGGCCUAUGCCUCCCGCUCUCGGACCAGAAGAAGCGCCUGCAUUCCCUCGGGGCAUAUCUUGACAAGCGACGCUUGGGCAGCAACGGCGGCGGCCCGGAGUCCGGGGCGGCUGCAAUGCUCGCCCUGGCCAAGUCCGACCCAAAAGCGGAGGCCUUGCGCAAGAAGCUGCAGAAGGCACGCAAGGACUCGCAGAAGAAGACGAGCGAAGCCGGGAAGGAAGUCGACGCACGUGGCAAGGCGAUAGGCAAAGCUAUGCAAGCAGGAAAAAGCGCGGGGGCCCCCGGAGCGGCUGCUGGCGCUAGCAGCUCACCCGCGAAGGCGGCCACCGGCUCCACUACCACCGAGGCGCGUAAUGCGUUGGCCUUCACUCCGUACUACACCAAGACCCUACCCGAGAAUCCCGACAGCCAGCGAGCCGUAGUAUUUGAGUUGGCAAAGGGCGCGGCUUUGGCGCAGCACCGGGAGGCGUUCGCAGUCUUCGCCUGCAGUCUGCUACAGUCGGACUGUAGCAGACUGCAGGCGAAGACUCCCGUAGACAGUGUAGUCAGACAGUGUAGAUGAAGACAGCAGACUCUGUAGAAGACUGCAGACAGUGUAGACAGUUCCACCGGGAUCGGCUUCCCGGCGGAUUGAGUCCGCCGGGAAGCCGAUCCCGGUGGAACUGUCUGGCCGCAAAUGUUGCAGCGCACACCUUCGGCAGGGCGCAGGCAUGGGACGACUUCGAGCCCCUCCGCCAGGCUCUUGAAGAUGCGGGCCACAAGUGGGACGCUACGACCGGCCGGGCCCCGCUGUUUUGCCGGCUCGGGACGCUCAACGGCAAGGCUACAGGGGCCAAAGCAGUGCAGUGGGAGAAGCUGAAGGCCGGCCAGAUCAUACGGGAGAACCGCGUGGGCCUCGGCCUCCUCUACCUGCCUCCGAAGAUUCGGGGGGCCGCGGCGGGCGAAACAUUCGCGAGGAAGAUGGGCGCGGGACACGCGCGCGCCGGCCGGCGAAAGUGGAAGCCCCGCGCCAGCUGGGGCCUGGGUCCAGCUGCGUCGCUGCUGCAGUACGUGGCCCAUCAGCGAGGAGAGUUGCAAGAGCUUGCUGGGGUUCGCAGGUGUCGACCACAAUGAGAACCAGGCCUGCGCUGCGCGAAUUGCCUCCAGUAGUGGCACGGACGCAGGAGAGGGCGCUGGAGCAGCUCGGCAGGGUUCGCGCCGGUUCGACGCACCAGCUCGCUGGCGCCGUUCUGUGGGAUGAUCGGCCGGGGCGAUGUCAACCCUAACAGCGAGACCGUUGCGCAUUUCGUCUGCUUGGUCCUGUGGCAGGUUGGGGACCCUGUCAGCCCUCGCGGUGCCCAGCUACUCCGGCAGCAGACGCAACUUCCGCAGUCAGAAGCGGCCUCGGAGAAGAAGACGGCGGGACUUCUCGAUGGCGUGCAGUUUGCCACCGGCGGGGGCGGGAAAAGAACCGGCGCGGAGGACCAGGAGGACUUCGAGGACAGAGGAGGACUUGCGGCGGGCUCGCACCAUGUCGCGCGACCUGGUGAACCCGGAAAGCACCCGGCGGCACGACCUCGCUGGAGAGGUGCGGAAGCGCCUGGGAAGUUCGGAAAACGCUUGGGACAAACGGCGCUGCUCUAUGUGUCCGGUUUCGUCGGCCUCCACUUGUUCGAGCACACGCAGCCCGGUCUCCCGGAAAACGGACGCGGCGACGCUUCGCAUGUUGGUGCGGACGAUGGCAGUCAAGUGGUUCGACGAUUUGCGUGGUGCGGGUGACGCGGGCAGCGAGCUGCAUCGCAGCGAGCUGCAUCGCAGGCGCGCUUCUUAUCGGACACCCGGAGGACCAGCAGCAGCAUGGCGGGGCAGCUUCGAAAAGCGUGGCCGAGAGCCUUCGCGGGUGGCUGACGUUCAGGGCGAUCGUGGUCGAUUACGGUGGUAGCGGCUUGCUGGAGUCGGACGGUGGGAGCCCAUUGCGGCGCGGCGCCUACUUUUCGCCGAGCGACUGGCGGACCGCCUUGCGCCGGCGCUGCGCCGGGCGGCCGCGGCCGCAAAGUCCGAGGGCGUUACGAAGUUCGUGCGGGGCUACUGGAAGCAGGGCGCGGGUGCGGUGCUGUCGUCCGCGGGAACCAGCUGGAAGCGUGUCGGACUGGGAAAGCCGGCGCGGCGGCGGGCCUGGCGCAAGUACCACGACGGCGGGGCUUGUUGGCCCGAGAUGUCUGCAAUGCACGACCUAGCGUCACAGAUUUUUGGACGGCUUCCUGAUGCCUACUCCGCAUGACAAAUGCCCUUUUCAAGAUGGCAGCGCGCGGACCCCGUCUCGACAGGUCCCCGCCAGCCCUGCUACGGGGUGCGACGAUGCUAAUCAUAUCGCUCUCGCCAGCCCCCGGGGCACGGCGCUGCUUUUCAUCCCGUCCCCGCCAGCUGACUCCAUGUAGCAAGGCGCUGCUAACUGCACAAAAAGAAAAAGGAGAGGAAAAGAAACAAAGGGAAUGGAUUAAAGUCGCACAGAGCCGCCCCCGGCGCCAGGCUCUUUAUUUUCGCGCUAAUUUUCCUACCGUCGGCGCUCUUGUGUGGGCGCUAAUUUCUUGUCUAAUUUCUUGUCUAAUUUCUUGUCUAAUUUCCUGUCUAAGUUCUUGUCUAAGUUUUUGUCUAAUUUCUUGUCUAUUUUCCUGUCUAGUUUUUUGUCUAUUUUCCUGUCUAUAUUCGCGGCCUUUGCCGCCUCUAGUUUCUGUCUAAGCAGCGGCCUUGGCCGCUUCGGCUGCUGUCUAUUUUUUGUCUAAUUUGCCCAGUUGGGCAAUUUGCGUGCGAUUUUGCCUAUGUCGGCCGUUGCUCUGAAAUUUAGGCGCAAACUUAGAAAAUUUCGGGACGUGGUCAAGAACGGUUGAAAGGGUUGGCGGCGCAAUUGCUUCGCCACUGCGCCUUUCUGGCGGGUCUUCGGCGAUGGGCUCAGGCGUCUGCGUUCUGCAAGGCGCCCGCGCCCCGCCUGUGUCCCCGGCAAGGGUUGCCCGCCUCGGCCUAUUGCCCAGGGCGGGCUUGCUCGCCCAGGCUAGGGCUUGGGCGGUUCAAAAAAUAGCGGGAAUUUAGGCAGUCGCCCGCCGGGGCUGGCUCUCCGCGAUUAAAGAAGUGGCGGCAGGGUUGCUAGUUUAAAGACUGCGCGAAAGCAGCGCCCCCCUUCCCCAAGGGGUCCCCCGGGGCGGGCCCGGUGGCGGCUCUGCAAAUGCGGAGCUCCGCGGGCCGAUUCUCCGGAAACGCAUAGAAAAGGGCGCGGGAAACAGGUCGGCAAAAAGUGCCUGAAAGGGACACGCCGGGGGGUCGUCUGCCAUCGCGAUAGGAUCGCCGUGUGUGAUCAUUAGACCCCCAGUGUAUUUUUUAGCGCGCAACCGGCCACAAAAGUAAGACGUUGCAUGCGCAAGCUUGUAUGGGCAAUGCUGGAGCUCCACCCUGCUCGCGGGCUUGGAUGGUGAGGCAGGUCAGCCACACAUAGCGCCCGCCUACUGGUUGUAGCUACGCGUAAGCAAUCGAUAGCGGUUUUGCGGGUGCAGACGGGUGGUAGCUAGGAAGUGGAUCGCGUAUCCACCUAGGGGUAUCGGCAGAGACUAAAUCUGUUCUAGCGCCCAGGUAUUGGCAGAGGUCAAAUCUGUUCUAACGCCGACCCGUCAGGAGUUAAUUAAAUGGUGCUACUACUACUAACUUGGUCAAAAGUGGACAACUUUUGGCAUUUGUGCAACACAGAUUUUUGCACGAUCCAGAAUUAGCAUAUACAAGUUGCAUCCUUCCAGGCCCAGACAUUUUUGCAAUGCAUAGAUCUCUGGCAGUUACAGCACGUUUUUCUCCGUCUUGGAGAUGCAAAUCAAGUUCGUUCGCGCCGACAAGACCGAGCGGCCCCACUUGUAUCCUGUGCAAAAGUAUCGCAGUCCAAGUAAAAAUCGCAGUCAUGCAUUACAAAUAUCCAUUCCAAGGUAAAACAGCAUGACAAAUAACUCCAUUUUUUUCCGAUGCUAAGUGAAUUUGUCAUGCGAUUCCUACUAGUACGAUACACUUUUGCAAUGCAUAACUUGGCGAGAGACCUGAUCUCCCUCGCGUCCGGGUUCAUAUCCAGGAAAAAAACUGUGUAAGUGUAACUUUGUAGGAAGAUCAGCAUCACAAAUUCGCUUUGCAUUACAGGUAAAACCUGUCAUGCGCAGCGAGUACGUGGAAACACCUAUGAAAGUGGCCUAUGACGCACCUCUAGCAUGACAAGUGUAACAGUUUAGCAUUUCCUGCGUCACAGACUUACACUUACACAGUGACAGUUUUUUUCUUGCAUAGUUCAGUGGCGAACUGCAGUUCGUCUACGAGAAGACGCUGCGCGACUAUCUCGAAAAGCAGCACGGUGAAGCGGAGACAAAUGAGCGCGACAUCCGCGAGGCGGUGACGCGACAAACGCAGUGGGUCGAAGAAAAUUUCCCGGUGACCAGCGUGAACCCCCGGUCGUUGCCCCCGAACGUGAAAAUUGUCUCCAAGCCGAAAGACGCGGUGACGCAGCUGAAGAUCGAAAACAACCGGCUGAAGUCGGUGGCAACGGAGGACCCACCGGGCAAGAAAUUCCCUCUGGGGGGUAAAAGAACCGCGACACUGGAUGAGGCUUUGAACAUGCCGGCCCACCAGCUUCCGGGCCCACUGCCGGCGCUGGGCGAGCCGCAGUAUGGAUUGCAAAAAUGUCUGGGUCUGGAAAGUUGGCACUUGUAAUGCUGGUCUUACAUUCCUGUGAAAUCUGUAUUGCAUGACCAAGAACAGUGGUAGCCUCUUCUGUCAUAUGUAGUGAGGUCACCGAACGGUUCUAAUCAGGGAGUUUUUUUGCCAGCCAGACAGCAAAACGACCGGCAGUUUUCAAGCGGCCGGAAGUGUUUUUGAGCAUAAAAAGUUUUCACUUAUCAAGCGGCCGGGGCGUUUGUGGCAAACAAGCCCGGUCGAAAACUAUCGACUCGCACUUGAUAAAACGACGCAGGGGAGCCGGCAAAAGGGGCGCCCUUCUGAGGCGCCCACCGCCUUAGUUUCUGGCGAUUUGGGGCGCCCAAAAAGGGGCGCGCAAAAAACGCGCCCAAAAUCAGAACAGCGAAACAGCAUGGCACGGCCGCGAUUUCGGAGCAUUUUGGGCGGCCGCGAAAGCGGCGGCCUUUUCGCCGGUUUCAGAGCCUGGGAAGCUUUGUGAAAGCGCUGGCGUGAAAAAUAAAAACGCGAAAAAGAAAAAGCACCCCAGACGCGCGAAGCCAAUCGGCAUGCUAUGGGCCCGAUUUUUCUUCGCUUUUUGGGCGCCCCCCGUGGCACCUGGAUCGGCCCCAUAGCAUGGGGGCUGGCCUUCGGAAAGGAAUGUCGGUAAUUUGCCAAAAUUUGCGACGUUUAUCAAGCGGCCGCCAUACCGUGCGGCCUAACGUUACUCACGGCGGUAUGGCGAGCCAAGAAAAAGCAAAGCCGCGGCCAAGGCGACGGCCGGCAAGAAAACGCCCACGACCUCACUACCUCCGCCCCGGCGGCUAUAUUUGGUAAAAAAACGCAGUUUCUCAUGCGGAGUUCGUAUGAGAAAGCGCGCUGCAACCUUGUCAUGCUUUCCUGCAUGAGGGAGUGACUUCCUCUUGCACAUUUUAGCAUCACAAAUUUCCAGACCCAGACAUUUUUGCAAUGCAUACGCAGCAAGAAUCACUGAAUCAAGCACUCGUGCGAGUGCACAUGAAGCCGGAGCUGAUGACGAUGUUCACCGUGCAGCCCCUUUUGGAAAAGGAAGCCAAGGACCGGCUGGGGAAUCUAUUGCCCAAGAAGAACCAGUACGCAUUGCAAAAUUACCUUACUAGUAGUAAUUGCAUUACAAAUUUGCUCAGCAUUACAAAUUAAAUCUGUAAUGCGGAUGGACACUAAUGCCUGCGUUUGUAAUGCAUAACUGCAAUCACUACGAGUACUCCCCAAGAGAUCUGAAUCGAGCACCGCCCGAGAUUUUAGCUGAUGAAUAUUUGAACGAAUGAAAAGAGAAACUUUUUUUGAACUUUUGCAGCGCGCGCAAGCUUGCGCUGCCGGGGGGCUGCGCCUCCCCCCGUUCGCGAAAAAUUUCGAACUUUGCCCCGCUCCUUCGGCGUUGUCUUCCCUUGCGUGUAAUGUUUUUGCUUUUUUAACUUAGCGCGGCUCGUUUAUUUUACACUACAACGGGCCUAAUUAGCAUCAAAAGGGUGCGCUUUUUCUUUCCGAAGGCUUUAACUUUUUUUGGCGUCCAUGCAAGUUAAUACGCGAAGCAGCCUGAAAGAGCAGCAAAAAGCCGCGCGCCCCUGCGGCCUUUUGCUGGUUUGGCAUGUAAUGCAACCCCGGAGGCCGGUUCGUCUUGCCAGCCAUCGGCCUGCUCCUUGGUGUGGGCAGUGUUUUGGCGUUUUUUGUUCUAGGCGCUGAUCGCGUGGCGCUUUUCUGCAUACCUGAGCGCAGCGGAGUGGCUCGCUGCCGUUUUUUGUCUUUUUCCGCAUUUGUGUGGCACUUUUGCCCUUUUUGCGCUACAGCUUGCAGAUAUUGCCCAUGCUCGACCUACCAAGCACGAGAGGCGUCGCAGUCGGUAAAGUUUUGCGCUAAGAAUGGCGCCAUUGUCCUCUUUUUGAUUGCCUCUGCCGCUCUUUUUUCUCUUCUUUUCGCUGCUUUUGGCCCCUAUUUUUUUGCGUUUUUGCGCCUUUUCGAGCCAAAGGGAGCUCGUUCGGCGCAUUUUGAACCUAAAAACGACCAAAGUGCCUGGGGCUGGUUUCUUUCGCUGUCUUUUUGCCGUAUUUCGUUCAUUUUGCCGCGUUUUUGUGCGGGAGCUCUUUUGGCGAAUUUGGGUCCUGAGUGCGAUCAAACUGCCGGAGGUUGGCUCUACGGGUGCGACAACGCCAACGCGCUGCGAACCCCUCCAAAAUCAUCGGCGCGCGCCUUGUUGCGAUUUUGCGCAGUUUUGGAGAAUGUGCACAGUGGCGUAUUUUUUUGUGCCUAGUGAUUCUGCAUGUAAUGCAAUCCCGGAGGCCGGUUCGCCUUGCCCGCCAGCGGCCUGCUCCUUGGUGUGGGCGAUGUUUUGGUGUUUUUUGCUCUACCUAGGCGCUGAUCGCGUGGCGUUUUUCUGCAUACCUGAGCGCAGCGGACUGGCUCGCUGGCGUUUUUGCUUUUUUUCCGCAUUUGCGUGGCACUUUUGCCCUUUUUGCGCUACAGCUUGCAGAUUUUGCCCAUGUUCGACCUACCAAGCACGAGAGGCGUCGCAGUCGGUAAAGUUUUGCGCUAAGAGUGGCGCCAUUGUCCUCGUUUUGUCUCUGCCGUCCUUUUUUGUUGUCUUUUCGCUGCUUUUGGCCCCUAUUUUGUUGCGUUUUUGUGCCUUUCCGAGCCAAAGGGAGCUCGUUUGGUGCAUUUUGGACCUAAAAACGGCCAAAGUGCCUGGGGCUGGUUUCUUUCGCCGUCUUUUUGCCAUAUUUCGUUCAUUUUGCCGCGUUUUUGUGCUUUUUGGAGCUGAGGGGAGCUCUUUUGGCGAAUUUUGGUCCUACGUGCGACCAAACUGCCGGAGGUUGGCGUCACGGGUGCGACAACGCCAACGCGCUGCGAACCCCUGCAAAAUCAUCGGCGCGCGCCUUGUUGCGAUUUUGCGCAGUUUUGGAGAAUGUGCAAAGCGGCGCACUUUUGUGCCUAUUUUGAUAACUUCGCGGCCUUUUCCUUUUAAUGUUCGCACUUUGCACAUUUGUGCAAUUUUUAGGCUUAACUAGGUGAAGCCAUCGUGCGCAUUUUCGUCGUUUUCGUCUUUUUUGACUUAACAAGGCCAGUUUUGCACUAAAAUGACGCUAAUUACGACUAAAAAGGUGCGCUUUUACCGUAACAAAAUUGGCAUCUUUUUUGGCAUGUAAUGCAUGUUUGCAAUACAAGUUAGAGAAGAUACUUUUGCACUGGAUAACUCGUUAUUACACGAGAUUUUCAACCGAAACAAGUUUUAUCGGGAGAAGGCUUAUUCAUUGCACAUAUCCCUGCAUGUCUGGAAGGACCCGAACUUGUCAUGCGCAUUUCAAGUCACACAAAAAUCUGUCAUGCGCGGACAGCAAAAGAAGUGACCCACUUUGACUCACUGAGCAAAGAGAAGAUUUGUCAUGCGAAUUAGGCAUUGAAAUAGUCAAGACCUGUAAUAUUAAAACUACAGUCUGCAUGCCAGACCUUUCGUGUUACGGAAAAACAGCAUGGCAAGCUUCUGCGGUCUUCCAGACAUCCAGGGAUAUUUGCAUUCGAUAAAGCUGAAAAGGAAGCGAAAGAGGCGGCGGACAAGGAACAGGAGGAGCAGGCAAGUCAACUUCGAGAACAGCAAGCUAGACUUGUGGAGCAGCAGAAUAAACACCUGAAAAAGACGAUGCUGCCGCCUGGAAGUGGGCCCGCGCGACAAGGGAAAGUCGCCAGAACCGGUAGUGGGAUAACACAAGUUCAACUACACGGCACAGGGAUCAUGAAGAGGGCAGCUGCGCAUGGCGCAGUUGCGAAGAGGGUGGAACUACACGGCAGAAGCGGAAAGAGCGCUACUAUGGGGCUGCAGAACUACGACUCCAGUGCAAGUAGUUCCUUGCCGAGUUCUAAUGUGAAUAAACUUCCACCAAGUAGUAGCGGUGUUCAAAGACCUACGAUCAACCAGUCUUCUUCAUCCUCAUCCUCAUCUUCGGCAGUUCAUAAAAUCAAUCUGCAACGACAGAAUAAGCCUGGAAUUCUGAACCAUCAGAGCGGCACGUCGCGAGGUCUUCUCGGG